AUGGUUUCCUUUACACCCGUAACGAGUUCGUCUGCCAAUGAGAAUAAUCAAAUGGCGACAAAUGACAACAGCACCACAAUAACUUCCUCUACUUCUACAACAACUUUACUGGAACAACAGUCACUACGACCACCACAAGAAGAUUCCAACAACGAGAUUGAAGACGGCGAUGAUUAUCGCCGAGAACGAAUUAAUCAAGAAAAUCUUCAACUUGUUAGUCGAGACGAAAAUGAAAGUCCGAAUCACUCAAGGAACGAAGAAACACCCCGAAAUUAUACGGCAGCAACCACAACAAUAAUAAAUAAUACCUUCAAUACACUGACCCCGCCUACCCCUCCAGCGCUUCCUCGAAGGAAAUCUUCAGUUCUUGAUAUUUCUAGUUUACUGUGUGAUUUUGCUUCUGCUUCUGUAGCUUCGCCUGUUAGUGAUGCUUCUUAUGACGACGACAAAGAUGUGAUGGAUGGCGUGUCUACUAGAGAAAAUGAAUCUUUUGUUGGAUCGCAGCAAAAUCAACCCUUUAAUAAUGGUCGAAGCGCUCCUUUUACUCCGGCUAAUUCUCCUCCACUAUCUGAUGAUAAUAAAACAUCAAUCACCACUAAGCCCACACUACGAAUGAGCGAAGAUCAUUCCUCGAAUGGUCCAUUAGUAUUACCGCCAAUAAGGAGUUUUGCAUCCUCGUGGACUCCUCUCGACCAAUUUGCUGCAAUUUCUGAAGCUGUCCGUUCGGACUCGCAGAGAUCCUUAAAGUCACCGAGAUUGGUAAAACCAGAAGCAGAUUUAUCAUUAUCAUCAUCUCCAGAAGAUGGUCAUCGUUAUCAACAACAACAUGUGUCCUCAAAGAAUAAUGCUGGUGGUAAUUCACAAGAGCAUGAGCGUGAACAUUUAUUAAGAAGAUCUUCUUUCGAUACAUCGCAGAUGAGAUUUUCACCACUUGCACCUUCUGCAUUGAAUCCUUUUGCUACACGACUACCUCCUGCUUCAUUUUUAGAAAGACGUCACUCUGAUUCUCCGGCAGCUCAAGGAAGAAAUUUAGAGGCAUCUCGUGUUACGUCUCCUGGGUCAUCUUAUUCAACGUAUGGUGCUGGUGUUUAUCCGGCAAAUGCUAAUACAAAUAGUAAUAAUGGUAAUGGAUACGCUUCAACGUCUCAUAUGUCAAUGCCUCAGCAUUUACCCUCACCAUAUCAUGACCCGUCAAAUGGAACAUCAAUGGUCAAAGCGAAGCGUAAACGGGCAAACGCUAAUCAGCUUAAAGUUCUCAAUGAAGUCUUUCAACACACGUUCUUCCCGUCAACGGAAUUACGUAUUCAGCUAGGCAAACAGUUGGGUAUGUCACCACGUACAGUACAAAUUUGGUUCCAGAAUAAACGACAAAGUUGGCGUAGUAAGACAAGAGCAUCAGCGACCAAUGGAGGCGCUCAAGGUGAUGAUGAUCAAGGAAUGAAUCCUGAAGAGAUGGAUACCAAUGAUGAUAAUAAUAAUAACGGUGGUAGCACUGGCAAUGAUCAUAAUAUGGGAAGAAGGUCGAGUAACUCUAGUAUGAGUUCUUCAGAUGAGGAGGAACAAGAUCAACGAUCUGUGCCUGAUUCGCCGUUGGACAGCUCAUCAUCCUAUUAUCGAAAUAAUGGUGUUGAUGAUUACUUUUCACGGUCUCAAAUUAAUAGCAGCAGUGAAAGUAUAAAUGGCACUUCUACUUAUUCGCAAUUACAACAGCAUAAUCAUCAUCAACAGAAUUAUCAUUCUUCUCCCUCAUCUUCUUCGAUUCAUCAAAAUGAAGAUUAUUUUCAUUCUUCUCAUCAUGGUUACGUUUCGGGUUCAAAUAUUUCAAAUUCUUCGUCUCCUCUUUCCCCACCAUCGUUACUGAAUCACAAAUCAAAUAACGAACGACUACCAAAUAUCGUCUCCUCGUUUUCAACACCAACCGCUGCUGUUCCUUCGACAACAAAUGGGCAGAAUGCAUUUAUGCAACUCGAAGGUCUCUAUAAUUUGUCGCGAACUGCAAAUGGCGACAAUACUGCUAGCAAGGAAUACCAUCAUGUAGGGAAAUACAUCAUCGAAGCAGCUACCGAUUCAGCUACAAUACCAUUUAUUUUCCUUUGA